AUAUAUAUAAGAGGAUCUAUUUUCUUUAUGAAACGGUUUGUACGGUUUCCCCGCCACCCAGUGCCUGCAGGCUGCAAUGCAAGCUUGCGCAAGGCUCAUAUCUUCGACGCACCCUACUCUUCAUUUUGCACAUCCAACCGUUGAAUCCUUCAUCUGGAACAACCUUAUUCGAGCCCACGCUCAAGCCAGGUCUCGAGCUGACGCCCUAACGCAUACACCAAUCUCCAUCUUUCUCCGGAUGCGCUUCCAUGGAGUCGAACCAGACUUCCAUACCUUCCCUUUCCUUCUCCAAUCUUUCGAUUCCCCGCCUCACCUCCAAUCAGGAAAACAAAUCCACGCGCAAACUCUCCUCUUUGGGCGCGCUAACGACCCGUUUGUUCAAACGUCCCUCAUCAACAUGUACUCGUCUUGUGGCAAUUUGACGCUUGCGCGUCAAGCAUUCGAUGAGAUUGCCCAACCUGAUUUACCGUCUUGGAAUUCGAUCAUUAAUGCGAAUGUCAAAGUCGGUUUGGUUGAUAUUGCAAGGAAGCUGUUUGAUGAGAUGCCUGCAAGGAAUGUGAUAUCUUGGAGUUGUAUGAUAAAUGGGUAUGGGAGGUGUGGUGAGUAUAAAGAAGCACUUGCUCUGUUUCGUGAGAUGCAAAAAGUGGAAGUGAAUGGAGUUAAGCCGAAUGAGUUCACCAUGUCGAGUGUGCUUUUGGCUUGUGGACGGUUAGGUGCACUUGAGCAUGGGAAAUGGGUCCAUGCUUAUAUUGGGAAAUGUGGAAUGGAAGUUGAUGUUGUGUUAGGAACUUCAUUGAUAGACAUGUAUGCGAAAUGUGGGAGUAUUGAGAGGGCGAAGUGGGUAUUUGAUAAUUUGGGUCCUAAGAAGGACGUGACGGCUUGGAGUGCUAUGAUCACGGGAUUGGCCAUGCAUGGACAUGCAGAAGAAUGCCUUGAAUUGUUUGCAAAGAUGACAAAUUAUGGGGUGAGACCUAAUGCUGUAACAUUUUUGGGCGUUCUCUGUGCUUGUGUACAUGGAGGUUUGGUGAGUGAAGGGCUGGAGUAUUUUAGGAAGAUGAGUGAGGAGUUUGGUAUUACUCCUAUGAUCCAACACUAUGGUUGCAUGGUUGACCUUUAUGGAAGAGCUGGUCUCAUUGAGGAGGCAUGCGUUUUGGUCAAGUCUAUGCCUAUGGAGCCUGAUGUGCUGAUAUGGGGUGCUCUGCUUAGCGGAUCUAGAAUGCAUGGGGACAUUGAAACUUGUGAGAUUGCACUUGAAAAACUGAUUGAGUUGGAUCCCACAAACAGUGGUGCCCAUGUGCUUCUAUCCAAUGUGUAUGCAAAAAGGGGUAGGUGGGCAGAUGUGAGGCAUGUGAGAGAUCUUAUGGAGGCAAGGGGGAUCAAGAAAGUUCCUGGUUGUAGUUUGGUUGAGUUGGGAGGUGUCCUUCAUGAGUUUUUGGUGGGAGUCGAUUCUCAUCCAGAAACCAGAGAGAUAUAUAAGAUGCUUGAUGAGAUUAUGAAGAAGUUGAAGAUGGAGGGUUUUGUGGGAAACACGAAUGAGGUGUUGCUUGAUUUGGACGAGGAAGAAAGGGAGUUGGCAAUAUCCUAUCAUAGCGAAAAAUUGGCCAUUGCCUUCUGCUUUUUAAAGACCAGUCCAGGUACUCCAAUUCGAAUUGUUAAGAACCUAAGGAUAUGCAGUGAUUGUCAUGUUGCAAUAAAGAUGAUCUCCAGGGUGUUUGACAGGGAGAUUGUUGUUAGAGAUUGCAAUCGAUUUCACCAUUUCAAAGGUGGAUUAUGCUCUUGUAAAGACUACUGGUAGGUCGAGAGGAAAAUUCUAGUCCUAGGUUUAUUGGAAUUAAUCCUCCAUGGAUUUUUUUUUAUCCCAUACAACGUGGAAGGGGCCGCCGCUCACCAACUGAGGGGAAGAAGAAGAUACGUAUCUAGAUCAUCCAGUCAGCUAACUUAUAUCGGAUUCUACUGUUCCAUUCAGGAGCAUCAAGUUUUUUUAAACGGAUUAUUAACUUAAGAGGAAUCUAGCUAAAUUGUAUACAAGCUUCCUGUUUUCAGCUUUUUCUUGUGUUCUUUUGUAUGAGUAUGCAAAUAAUAAUAUAUCUGAUAAACUAUAA